CCUCUGUGGGAUCCGGGCCGACGGCAACUUUUUUUUUUUUUUUUUCUACAGGCUGAAAAAAAAUACACGUAGCCACUCCGAUAUGAUUGUAAAGGAAGUGAUAUUGAUUAUCUGAGAGCAGCACAAUGGAUCUUUGAUAGAUCUGCCCGCGAAGACUGAUUGGAAAUCGAUGGUUCAACUUUGGAUGGAGUUUAUUUCUUUAUCCAAACACUGAGGCGCUGAGGGGGAUCGGAAUUUACCGGUGACAAAUCUGAGAGGAGAGAGAAAAAAAAGGGAAACGAGGAUCCACUGGCUACAUGGGACAACUUUCUAAGAAGACUGGCUGUUUUUUAAUCACCGGAGAGGAAACCGAAGUUUAAAUCGUUCAGGAGCUCAUAUCAAAACUUAAAGAGACAGCCGCAACUCUCCCCUCCUCUGCUUGAAGAGCAGCUCCGACCAUGGCGAAAAAGUAUGAUUUCCUUUUCAAACUGCUGCUCAUCGGAGACAGCGGAGUGGGCAAGACAUGUCUGAUCAUUCGCUUUGCUGAGGACAAUUUCAACUCCACGUACAUUUCAACCAUUGGCAUCGACUUCAAAGUAAAAACCAUUGAAGUGGAUGGAAAGAAAGUGAAACUACAAGUCUGGGACACAGCAGGGCAGGAGAGGUUCAAGACCAUUACGACGGCCUACUACAGAGGAGCCAUGGGCAUCAUCCUGGUGUACGACAUCACAGACGAGAAGUCCUUCGAAAACAUUCAGAACUGGAUGAAGAGCAUCAAAGAAAACGCUUCGGCCGGCGUCAGUCGGAUGUUACUAGGAAAUAAGUGUGACAUUGAGGCGAAGCGGAAAGUUUCCAAGGAGACGGGAGAAAAGCUGGCAAAGGAUCAUGGCAUCAGGUUCUUUGAGACGAGUGCAAAGUCCAGCAUUAAUGUGGAGGAGUCUUUUAUGUCAUUGGCACGAGACAUACUACAAAAAUCCAGCAAGAAGCCGGGCCCCUCAGGUCGAGAGGUGAAAAUCACCAGCAGCACGGAGAAAAAAUCCUCCAAGUGUGUCCUUCUCUAGGCGUGACGUCGGCUCGCACGCGGAGGAAAGCGCAUACCAACAGAAGACAACAUAACACGUCAACGAAACCACAGAAACGUUUUCUGUCUCCAUCUGGUGGGCCCAAAUGUCACAUGCAUCCAGGUGCUAAAAGUCUGUUUUUAUACUAUAUCCCCCUUUGUAAGUUUCGAACCGUCGUUCCACAAGAAUUGUAAAAUGCCCAGAAAUAAUUUAUGAAUUACUCUUUUGAGGCAGUUCCUGUUUUCUGUUGCAUCUGCUGUGAUGACUCGGUGUCUUGAACAGCCCCUGAAAGCAUUGGAAGAACUGGUUCAUUAUACAUUUCUAUUCCCGCACGCUCCUUCUCUUGGCUUGUAACCACAUUAUCACUGCUACAACGGCCUCUGCCUAAUGCCUUUAGAGAACCAUCUGUGUUUUUAGUUUCAUAUGUUCGAGCAUGUAGAGUAGCAGCUCGUAGGAGCAGAGGAAGUGUUUGUAAAAUGUUUUUGAUCUGCUCACAUAAAGGCCACACCGCAGGCUCCUGAUCGUAGGCUUUCUCCCAAGGGAUUGUCAUUACAGUUUCCAUUUAAUUUCAAAUAAAAAGGGGCUCCUAAAGGACUGUGUUUGAUGGUUUAAACACCAGAGGAACAUGCUAAAUUUAUUCACUUAUAAAUGAUCAAAUCUGAUUGAUAGCCACGUGAGAGGUAGUAUCAUUUUUUUUAUCUCCCAGUCUUACCAUGACAUAUGAGACACUUUUUUAUUUCCCCACAUUUUCACUGUCAUUAAUAUACAGCAGAGAUGUAAAAGACGGAAUAUAAAGGCUUAAAUGUUUAUGUCGGUUCAUCCUUUGAGAACUGGGUAGAUAUUACUCAGCGCCAUAAUGCAUUCAACAGGAACAGAUGCCAUUAAUUGUUAAAAAGUCUGUAGCUUCGUUUCAUCCUGUGAGAAGAUAACAGCGAUGCUCUUGUCAUUAAUGAAUGAAGCAAGUUGAUGCCGGCUGCCUGGAGCUGAAUCUGAAACAAACACUGUGGUAAACAAGCCUUUUAAUAGAUGGAUGGAUUGAGAAUGUGGACGAUAAGGAACAGAGAUAAGUGCAAUAUGAGAAGAUGAGUGAAGAGAUGGAGAAAUGAUGGGCAAAGCAAGUGAACAGACAGGAUGUGAGAGCCAGCGAGGCUCACGCGUUUCUCGUUUUUGAAUCGAUUUAGACGUUUUCGCCCUUUUUCUUCUGAAGUGUCUGGUAAAUAUAGCGACAUGAUGGUCUCACUGUUGACGCAAACCCGUCAGCUCAUUCAAAAUGACCCUGACUACAGGCGUUCAUCACAUCCUGACGGGUCUUUUCUCCUCCACAGAUACACUGAAUUCCCAGUAUCUCCUUUCAUUUGUGUUUCUUUCACAGUCUUUGUUUCCUUAGAUCUGCCACGGGACUUUGUACGUACUUUACAGACCUGACGCUUAUUGAAUAAAGAAAUGGAAAACUCCA